AUGAAUGUUGCUGUCUUUGGACCUGCGUCCAACUCUGAACGUACAUAUCUGCACAAUGUUCUCACAAGGGUUCUCUCAGAUGUAACUACUAUGGAUAGCGCCAGAGAAGCCCUUUCAUUGGGGGGAGAUGCAUUGCUCGGCUAUCCUCAAUUUUCCGAAGUGGACUUGAAGCUAGAGCCCCCAUUUCUCUCUCGAAAUGCUACCGUGCCAAAACUUUUAUCUAAGUUAGCACAUGUCCCGGUGCUGGCUCGUUUGUUUCCCAAGCGGCUUCACAAACCAACUGCCAUUGCCAAUUACACCCCAUCCAAGAGAGCUUCCGGACGUGUAUUUUGUGGCGUGUCAGACGGCCGUUUCAUUGGAGAGGUAGUUGGAUCUGCUCAUCUAGGCGUCUCCAUGGCUUCGGCUAGCGUCUCCUAUGACCCCGUGAGAAACAUGACAGAGGGAAAUCUAGAAGCUUGUCGUUUAGAUCCCCUUCAGGUGUGUAAUACUAAGCACAUACUGGUGCGCAAGGAAGCUGGUCAACAAUUCUCUAACUAUCAAUCUUUUCUUAAUACUAUUUUCAAUCAAUCAGAGAGCAGGGAAAAUAGCAGGGAGGGUAGCACUAUUUCGCCACUUUCAGAUACACAGGUAGAAGGGGUAUCUCUCAAAGUGUCCAACACAGGAAACUUCAGAUCCAAUGACAACAAUGACAAGCAUCAAUUUGGUUCGGCACCAUUCACAACAGAACUUUCUUUAAUACUAACAGAGAUAACCAAGGAUAUCCCGACGAUGUUAAAGAAGCCCCAAGAGGAUUCUCAUUGGACAUUUGCUAGCCCCGGACCAGCCUAUCAUCUUUCACAACUAGAUGACGUGACCAGGUCUCUUCACUUCUACCGCAACUCUUCCCGUGUGUCAGUCGUUACGCAGAAGAAUACUUUCAUCACAAGCAGGGGUGUCUGGGACUCAGCCUCACGUAGCCAUAGAGACGUACCACUGGAUAGAUAUCUCAAGAUAGGUAGGCAGAUACUUACUACAGCGUCUCCACAUCCGAACGUGUCUGUUCUCUUUGGGGUGGAGCCGUUCUGCAGAUUCCAUUUUGCUAGGGGUGCGACAAACAGACGCUUGGCGUCAAAUAUUGUAACAGGCCUUCGUGCCGAAGUGGCAACGACGGCAGCAAUGUACCUGAGUCCCAGUCUUAUGCUUUCCGCAUCUGGGUCUGUCCACGUAUCUGAAUCUAUUGAUAGAAGGCGUAUAUGCAACUUCAUUAAGCAAUUGCCUGCUGCUGCAAAACAAGACAGUACCCACCAAACCAACAGCAGCUAUAGUCAUAGGGCAGUGCUCUCUAAUUUAACAAAAUCGGAGAUAGAUGAGAAUCUGGGUGACAGCAUUAGAAGCAAAUUGCGAGGGUUUGCUGAAGUAAUGAGUCCCACGAGCUUUUCAUAUGUGAAGAACGAGAUAAUGAAUCUCGAGAGCCACUCUGUCCAACCGCAUGGGUAUACAUAUACCCCAAUUCACGAUGGUUACGGAUGCGCAAGCUCUUCAAAACUGACUCUUUCACCAGUAACAACAGGAAGACAUAUGGGCAACGGGUUCCUGGCACGCACACACCUGAUGGGGAUAUGGAAGUCGCCACUCCGAACACCUAUAUCUAGACCAAAUUCAAUAUAUCUGCUAGCAGGCAUUGAGGCAGCCAUCCCCAAGGAUACUCCCCUGGGGUUAAUAAAGGACCUUUCUGUCUAUGGGGCGCGUAGAGUGAUGCAUAAUUUUUUGGAAUAUGCAGCCUAUACAGGCGUUCACGUUCGUACACCCAUCCCCGUCACUGCAACUGUCUCACUGUGGUCAAGCAGGGACUUAACUAUUAAGCAGAGAUUCACAUUUGGCUUUUCGCUGAAUACAUGA